AUGAACGAAAGGUCUUCCAUUUUUAUUCCAGCCGAAAAUACUUUUACAUUCGAAAUGAGCCUGCUUCUUCCUUCUUUUCUUCCUUCUUUCAGUGUAUUUUCUGUCUCAUUUCUUUAUUUUCUUUCUGUCAGUACAUUUAGCUUUCCUUCCCUUCUUUUUUUCUUUCUUUUCUUUUUCUUUCAAUGUAUUUAUCUUUCUUUUCCAUUCUUUCUUAUUUCUUUCUUUCAUUAUCUUUCCUUCCCUUUCUUUCUUUCUUUCUUUCUUUCUUUCUUUCUUUCAGAGUACUCAACUUUCUUUCUUUCUGUCUUUAUUUAUCUUUCCAUUUCUUCUUUCUUUCAAUGUAUUUAUCUUUCCCUUUCGUUCUUUCUUUUUUUUUCUUUCUUUCUGUGUACUCAUCUUUCUUUCUUUCUUUCUUUUUUCCUUCUUUCUUUCUUUCUUUCUUUCUUUCAGAAUACUCAUCUUUCUUUCUUUCUGUCUUCACUUAUCUUUCCUUUUCUUUCUUUCUUUCAUUCUCUCUUUCUUUCUUUCAAACUAUUUAUCUUUCCCUUUCUUUCUUUCUUUCUUUCUUUCUUUCUUUCAAUAUAUUUAUCUUCCCUUUCAAUGUUCGUUUGUUUCUUUCUUUCUUUUUUUUAA